AUGACGGACAAGGUACCUGUUGGACGCCGACUACAGUACAUGGUUCCAGCAAGCGGUUCGCCAUCCCGUCUUCACGCCAGUGCUAGCGUGCCUGCGGCUGUUGGAAGAAACCUUCCGCUCUGGGAUGCCGCCUCUACAGCCCGUCGCAGCUACUAA